AUGUCUGUUUACGUUAACAAUUUCUUAUGUUUACGUGACAAAAUCUAAUCAAAUUUUCGAGAAAAUCUAGUAUUUUCAUUUCUCAGAGAGAUUUCUUGUUCGAAGAGAGAGAGAGAGAGAGAGAGCUGAUGAACUGCACAUAACAUCAAGAGAGAGAGAGAGGAUGGAAUUGGAGGAGGAAAAGAGUAUAGAAAUAGAACGAGGGGGGUUGAGGGAGCCACUGCUUGAGAGGAAUAGGAGGAGAAACACGACCUCUCAGCUUGCCAUUGUUGGUGCCAAUCUCUCUCCCAUUGAAAGCCUUGACUACGAGAUUAUUGAGAAUGAUCUUUUUAAGCAGGACUGGAGGUCUAGAACGAAGGGUGAGAUAUUUCAGUACGUUUGCCUCAAAUGGGCACUUGUGCUGCUUAUUGGUUUAAGCACUGGGUUAGUCGGCUUCUUCAAUAACCUAGCUGUCGAGAAUAUAGCUGGUUUCAAACUUCUGCUUACCAACAACCUCAUGCUUCAGGACAAGUAUUAUCAGGCAUUUGCAGCAUUCGUUUGUUGUAACAUGACCUUGGCUGCUGGUGCUGCAGCUCUUUGUGCUUACAUUGCCCCGGCAGCAGCAGGCUCUGGCAUACCUGAGGUUAAAGCAUAUCUAAAUGGAGUCGAUGCUCAUUCUAUAUUGGCUCCAAGUACCCUCUUUGUAAAGAUUUUUGGUUCUAUAUUUGGAGUAGCUGCUGGAUUUAUUUUGGGUAAGGAAGGACCUAUGGUUCACUCUGGCGCUUGCAUAGCCUCUUUGCUCGGACAGGGUGGCUCUCGCAAGUAUCACCUUACCUGGAAAUGUCUCAGGUUCUACAAAAAUGACCGUGACCGAAGGGAUCUGAUUACCUGCGGUGCUGCUGCUGGUGUUGCAGCUGCCUUCCGUGCCCCAGUUGGUGGGGUCCUUUUUGCACUAGAAGAAGCAGCUUCAUGGUGGAGGAGUGCUCUUCUGUGGAGGGCAUUUUUCACAACAGCUGUAGUAGCGGUACUGUUAAGAGGCUUCAUACAGUUAUGCAAGGGUGGAAAAUGUGGGCUAUUCGGGGAAGGAGGUCUUAUAAUGUUUGAUGUCAAUUCAGCAAAGGUCAGUUAUAGCAGCGGCGAUCUGCUGGCAAUCAUAUCCCUUGGAGUUAUCGGAGGCAUAUUUGGAAGCCUUUACAAUUUCCUUGUGGACAAAGUCCUUCAAACUUAUCGCAUCAUAAACAAGAGUGGUCCUUCAAGUAAAAUUCUGCUCGCCGUUGCCAUUUCCUUUUUGACUUCUUGUUGCUCUUACGGCCUCCCAUGGCUUUCACACUGCAUUCCUUGUCCCCAUCACCUGGAGGACAAGUGCCCCACCAUAGGUCGCUCUGGAAACUACAAGAAUUUUCAGUGUCCACCUAACCACUACAAUGGCCUUGCUUCACUCUUCUUCAAUACCAAUGAUAAUGCUAUCCGCAACCUUUUAAGCUCUAGCUCUGAUGGGGAGUUCCGGCUUUCCACUCUCAUUGUUUUCUUUGUUACCGUGUACUGCCUGGGCAUUGUUACUUAUGGUAUUGCUGUUCCCUCUGGGCUCUUCAUCCCUGUUAUACUUGCUGGGUCAUCCUAUGGGCGUGUAGUCGGGACCCUCCUUGGUUCUCACUCUGAUCUUGAUGGGGGUUUCUUUGCACUCCUUGGAGCGGCAUCCUUCCUUGGUGGCACCAUGAGAAUGACUGUUUCUCUCUGUGUCAUACUUCUUGAGCUUACAAAUAAUCUUCUAAUGCUUCCACUGAUGAUGCUAGUUCUGCUUAUUUCGAAAUCUGUGGCGGAUUGUUUCAACAAGGGUGUCUAUGACCAAAUUAUAAGAAUGAAGGGAUUACCGUACAUGGAGGCGCAUGCAGAACCAUACAUGAGAAACUUGGUUGCAAGUGAUGUUGUUUCUUGGCCCUUAAUUUCAUUUUCCAGGGUUGAGAAAGUGGGGAAUAUAUUACACGAGCUCAAAACAACAGCGCAUAAUGGGUUCCCCGUGAUUGAUGAACCACCUUUCUCAAAUUCUGCAGACUUGUGUGGGCUGGUUUUGAGAUCGCAUUUGCUUGUAUUGCUUAAACGAAAGAAUUUUACAAAGCAAAGGGUGUUGAUUGGGUCAGAUGUUACGAGUAGGUUCAGAGCACAUGAUUUUGGAAAGGCAGGAUUAGGCAAGGGAAUCAAGCUGGAGGAUUUGGACAUUCAGGAGGAAGAGAUGGAACUGUAUCUUGACCUCCAUCCCAUUACUAAUACCUCCCCAUACACCGUAGUUGAAACAAUGUCCCUUGCUAAAGCUGCUAUUUUCUUUCGGGCGCCUGGCCUCAGGCACUUGCUGGUGGUGCCUAAGACACCAGGGAGGCCUCCAAUUGUUGGGAUCUUGACAAGGCACGAUUUCAUGCCGGAGCACAUAUUGGAACUUUUUCCGCAGUUGAAUCCUCACGAAUAAAAGUAACAAUCCGCGUAAUUCUUUACUAGUUACGAAAACUCCUUCAAACAACGUCCAAGUAUCACCGGCAUUUUGCAAUCUCAAAAAUCUGCGCGUCGUUUCAGAGUUCAGACCAGGUCAUCUUUCGCCAACGUUACCAAGCAAACCUGGAGGUACGUAUUCAGAUAGUCCUCACAGACAAGCAAGAAGCUUGAUAACUAUUGUGUAAUAUCAACUCCUUACGGAUUGUAAUACGAUGUUGCCUUCUGAAAGCGCACUUGGAUGGCACUGAAUAAAAAUGUUCGGCCUCCGUAAGAUGUUGCUGGGGACGCUUGCAAAACGCAAAGAUUCUUGUUGGCUAGAAAAUUUGGUUCAAUCAAUAACCUAAUAUCAGGGAAGUAAAGUUUGAUUUUCGAUAGGAAGUUGGAAUGAUCGAUGAUAUUUCUUUCCAA